AUGUCAGUGGACUGCUACGUGGCCAUCUGCACCCCGCUGCGCUACUCCACCAUCACGAGCCCACGGAUAUCUGUUCAGCUGGUUGUGGUGUCUUGGGUUGCAGGCUUCUUUUCUGUCCUCUCCCGCAUCAUCAUCAUCAUCUCUCAGUUGCCCUUCUGUGGCCCUCACAUCAUUGAUCACUUCUUCUGUGACACUGAGCCAUUGAUCAAGCUCUCCUGGGCCGACACCAGCCUGCUAGAGCUUAUAGAGUUUUCCCUCUCCUCCGUGGUACUGCUGAGCUUGCUGAUGCUCACUGUGGUAUCCUACCUAUACAUCAUUGCCACUAUCUUCCGCAUCCCCUCCACCACAGGUAGGAAAAAGACCUCCACCUGUGCAUCCCAUAUCACAGUGGCCUCCAUCUUCUACGUCAGUGCCAUCUUCAUGUAUGUGGUGCCCAACAAAGGGUUCUCCUUCGGCCUCAAGAAGGUGGUGACUCUACAGACUGCCUUUGUCACCCACUUGUUGAACCCUUUCAUCUACACCCCGAGGAACCAGAUGGUCAAAGAGGUGCCGAGGGACACUGUGUCCUAUUUUCUGAGUGUGAUUUACCUGGCAGCCCUGAUGGAGAAUCUUCUUAUCUUCAUGGCCAUAGCCUUCGACCACCACCUUCACACCCCCAUGUACUUCUUCCUGAUGAAUCUGUCACUCCUAGACCUUGGCUCCAUCUCUGUCAUUGUCCCCAAAUCCAUGGCCAACUCCGUCAUGGACACCAGGUCCAUUUCCUAUGCUGGAUGUGUUGCCCAAGUCUUUUUCCUCGUCUUCUUGGUGGGAGCGGAUUUUUCUCUUCUCACCAUUAUGGCCUACGACCGAUAUGUUGCCAUCUGCCAACCACUGCACUAUGAGAGAAUGAUGAAUAUCAGAGCUUGUGUCAAAAUGGCAGCCGGUGCCUGGAUCAGUGGGAUUCUCUACUCUGUGCUACACACCGGGAACACAUUUGCAUUGAUCUUCUGUGGAGGCAACAUGGUGGAUCAGUUCUUCUGUGAGAUCCCCCAGCUACUCAAGCUUGCCUGCUCCGACACAUAUCUUAGUGAAGUUGGGGUUCUUGUCUUUAAUGCGUGUUUACUCUUAGGCUGCUUUGUUUUUAUCAUUUUGUCAUAUGUUAAAAUCUUCAAAUCAGUGCUCAGAAUCCCCUCUGAGCAGGGCCAGCAUAAAGCCCUAUCCAUCUGCCUUCCUCACCUCACUGUGGUCUCCUUGUUUGUUUGCACUGGGGCCUUUGCAUACCUGAAACCCACCUCCAGCUCCCCAUCUGCUCUGGAUCUUGUGGUGGCAAUUCUCUAUUCCGUAUUGCCACCAAUCAUGAAUCCAGUUAUCUACAGCAUGAGGAACAAGGAGAUGAAAACUGCCCUGAGGAGACUGACAGGGUGUAGGUAA